AUGGUCGAGAUUUCUGACCUGGUUACGCGGAUGGAAAUUGAUGGUGCGGCCCAAGCCAGUGACUACGGCCCAAGCUCUGGAGAUGGCUCUGAUGUCGACGACCCGGCCGCCAAGCACGGUUUGGGCCUGGAGGUUGAGGAUGCACUUCACGCGGAGGCUGCAGCGGCAGAUCUGAACAAGGACCGUGAGGAGCCUGAUGAUGAGUACGCCGCCUUCACCGCUGGUAUGUUCAAGGCCGUGCCGCCCUCGAUCCUACAGAGGUCGGACCUGUUUGCUCCGACAAGCAGCCGCGGCAAGAGGCGGGUGGCAGCCCCCAGCCGCUCAAGCACACGCCUUGCAGCCCGGGCGUCUCCAUUCCCGGUUGCUGAGCGUGCCCAGCACAGGCUCAUGCGUGAGCUCGCCUUCAUCAACAGCAAGUCAGCGGCACCGGAUGCAGCGGUCACGGCCUACACCGACAUGUACGGGGAAGAUCUCCCAGACAAGGCGGUGCAGGCCAUCAGGGCGGCAACGCGUCUGGGGAACAAGGAGCUGUCCGAGGCGCUUGCGGCCAUUGCAGCGGAGUCUGGCGUGGCACAGAUGGAGGUGGCUUAG